AUGGCCGCGGCACCACGAUCGGACAGGAGCCUGGUGCGGUUCGGCAAGGUGGUGCUGAUUGCGCGGCGCGCCGAGCAGCUCGCGGCCGACAAGCGUGCCGUCGAGGCGGCUGCCGUCACGGAAGGACUACUGCAGGUGCGCGUCAAGACGUACGCCGUCGAUUUGGUCGACACGCCGGCGCUACUCGCAGCGCUCGACGACGGCGAGGCAGCCUUCGGCAAGCCCGAGGUCGUCUUUUUUCAAUGCUGCCCGCGUGCUGCCGUCGGCGCUGCUCGACGCGAGGUGACGGGUCUCGCGGCGCUGGCGAGGGCCGACGCAGCGCGGCCGGCGCUCAUCGAGACCCGCUCGACGCUGCCGCAGCAGCCGAUCCCCCUGGCCCUCACGUACGCGCCGGGCGUGCACAUCGGCCCCGUUGUCGUCGACGGCCCCUUCGCGCAGGCGCGGGAGAGCCCGUCGUUCGAGGUCGAGAUUGCGUGA